AUGACAUAUUUCAGAACUAAAGAAAAGAUCAGUGUCGUAACGAACUACACCUACGACGAUGGAAAAGAAGAAAUUCAAAAUGACCUCUUCUCUAGAGAACCAUUUGUAGUACUGUUCAACAUUCCAUGCACAGAAUUCAAGAAUGUGGCACUAGUUGGGGUUCAUAUUGCUCCUGAAGACGCUUUCGAAGAGAUGAAACAUUUGCAGAAAGUGCGAGAUAGUGUAUCAAGAAAGCUACGCACAAGCAACAUCAUUUUAAUGGGAGAUAUGAACGCUGAUUGCAAUUUCUUUCGAGAAUCCAAGUGGCAGGAAGUUCCAAUGCGCAUGAGUUCGAAUUAUCUGUGGCCUAUUUGCGAUGACACAGAUACAACAGUUAAAUCAACCCAUUGUGCUUACGAUAGGUUCAUUGUUGGAGGCAGAACAUUGAGAAAAGCCUACAUUCCUGGUUAUGCAAAGGCUUAUCGUUUCGAUGAUGCGUUUAGCUUGAGUCAAGAGGAGGCUCUUAAAGUGAGUGACCAUUACCCAGUUGAAAUUUCAUUUAAAGAAGACUGCGCUGCUAGAAGGACAGAAGGAGGCAACAUCAUUGGAUAA